AUGUCAGAUUCGUUUGCUGAGGAAUUUGAAAAAUGGCUGGAGAAUAAUCCGGAGGCCAUAAUUGCAGAAGAAACUGAUGAGGAAGAAGCUAAUGACAUGAAUGACAAUGACAGUGAGUAUACAAGGGACUCAAUUCAGAAUGGUGAAUUUGAAUCUGACAAUGAGAAAUGGGAUGAACAUUUGUCAGACAAGCCUGGUGAGCUGGGGACUGGACCUCUGAAUGACCAAGCACCCAUUUUAGUAGAUGAUGAUGAUGAAAUAUUUCCAAGUAAAAAGCAGCAUUAUGAGGAAGAACCACCAGUGCUAGAACCGGUGCCAAGACUGGCAAAUAACUAUACAAUCUCUUCAACAAGGAUUUCACAUCAGAAUCCUAUCACUUCUAUCCGCAGCUACAGUAAAAGUCAGCAGAAAUAUAGCAAAGAAGCCCUGACAACAAAACGUAACCAUGUUGGGAAGUACAUUCAUAAAAGCAAAACCACCCAUCCCUCGUCUGACACAGAUGAUGUGUCCAAUCACAGACAUGAAUUGACUUCAGUGGACAGUAACAGUGACAACAUUUUUGAGAAAUUUAUUUCUCAAGAGUAUACUUUACCACCGUCACUUAUUCAAAGUUCAGACAUUUUGCAAAGUUGUUUAGAAUCAUCUAGUGCCACGGUGAAACAUCCCAGCCACAGCCCAGACUUCUGUGCUAUGGAGGCUGAUUCCACAUCAGAAAUUAACGGAGACAAAAUAGGCUGCAUAUUUGAGUACCGAAGACUGUCAAAGAGCUCUGUACAUGGAGAUAUUUCAGUUGAGUGUGAUAGCACAUGUAUGCUUGCAGCAUCACCUAUUAUUGUGUCACCAGCUUCUGUCUCCAAUGGUGAAAUAGAAGAAGCGAGAGAUUCUUGUAAAGAUGACAACAAAGAUGGUGAACUGGAUAGUACUGAGAUGAAAUCAAAGGAAUGUGCUCAUGAAGGGGAAACUAACUGUGAAAGAAAUUCUUCUAUCAUGCAAAACACAGUCCAUCACAAUAAUUGUGAGACAGUGACACAUUCUUCCAAGGCUAAAAGUUCUGAAGAAGAUGUGGAUUUAGAAGCAGCUGACAAACUUUUAUCUGAAAACAAUCCAAACAUUUGUGACAUCAGCACUUUUUCAGAUGUUAGCCCUAAAUCAACAGUUACAAUCAAAAUUGAUGCCCCAGACUUCGUUUCUGACUGCCCUUGUGAGCCUCCUGUCCUCUUUGGUGUCUCACCAUCCACAAGACCACGUUACAGUCUGAGGGAAAAACGGCACACAAUUGAUAGUCCUGAUAAUGUUUCCACAUCAAGAAAAAGGUCACAUGUGUCUGUUACUCAGGCAGACAAUGACAGCAGCCUUUUAGAAACAUUAACCCCACCUACACUUACUCCUGCUUCAGAUGCUGUCAUGGUUUAUAAUUCUGGAGAGAAGCGUCUAAAGGUUGUCUCUCAGCAUUCUAAACAUGGAUGUGUCAGCUGUCAUCAGCACAAGACCUUUCAGCACAGGAGGCGAAAAAGGCGGUAUACUAUUCCAUCGACCAAGAAGACGGAGUAUCACACUCAGCUUUCUGAGAGUGUUCACAGUUUUGUUAUGUGUGCUUCACAGCUUUCACGCGUGCAGGCUCACAUGCACAAGUUGCUGUCUCAGCUGUUUCCUCAACUGAAGACUGAGUUAGGUUCCAUGAGCCCUGAGUCCUUCAACUUCGUGACCCUUCUUUCAGACAUUGUCCAAAUGCUUGAGCAGCCAGAUGACCAGGACAACUCUACACCCCCAUGCCUCACUUUAUAUAGGGAUGUCAAGCCAGAUUCCAUCCAGCAACACCCGAAAUUAGAAGCAUGUACUUCACAGUCAAGUAAUUCACUAUGUAGUGUCAACAAUGAAUCUUCUUCUUCAACAUUGUCCAGCCAUCCUUUUCAAGUGUCUGCUGAUACUGCAGAUUUAAAAUUAGAUGCAGCUUCCUCUGAGUUUUCUUCACCUCCAGUCUUGUCUAGCGUUGACAUCUAUGAUUCUCAGCAAAGACCACACGGAACAACACCACCAUUGACUUGUGAAUAUAGUGAUAAAGAUCUUCUAACUCCACUCUCUCUGCUGACUGUAACUGACAUGGGGGAUGUUCUAACGCCGUCUAGAGUCUUGUUAUGUAAAGAGCCAGAAGUAUUGCUAGAAAAAGUUGUUCGGUUAUCUUGUCGGGCUUUGCAGCUUCUUUUGCCGGAUUUAGCUGUUAGUCUCUACAAUGAGCUGGCAAAGUCCCCAGAUGAUCUUGUAGCAUUCAUUAAUAAUGUGAUUUAUGCAAACUCCAGAAGGCGUUCAAAACAUUAA